AUGGCUGACGCACCCUUCGAAUUCCUGCCCUUGGGCGCCAUCCUCCAGUCCUUCAAGGUAAAGGGCACCAACAUUGUUCAGGGUUUCCCUACCCAGGAGCUUUACGAGAAGCACAACUCACCUUACUUUGGUGUCACCGUCGGCCGCGUUGCGAACCGUCUCGAGUCCGCCCAGAUCAAGUCUCUUAACGGUGGUCAGACUUACAAGCUCGCCGCCAACGACGGUCCCAACAACCUGCACGGUGGCAUCAAGCCAUGGAGCAAGCGCGUUUGGAACGGCCCCAAGCCCGUCGGCACCCGCGAGAUCCCCGGCGUCGAGGGCCUCAAGGGCGGUGAGAGCAUUGAGUUCUCCCUCGUAAGCGAGGACGGCGACGAGGGCUUCCCCGGAACUGUCAAGGUUACUGUUGUCUACACCGCAGGCACGCAGGAGGUCGAUGGCAAGGAGGUUUCUGUUCUGGGCAUGGAGUACGAGGCACAGCUGGUUGACGGCGCUGACGAGACGGCCAUUAACAUGACGAACCACUCCUACUUCAACCUCACCGGAGACGAGACCUUUGCUGGCACCAUCGCCACUCUGGCGACGAACGCCCAUCUGCCCCGCGACUCUGUCGGUAUUCCUACUGGCGGCCCCGUGCCGUUCCCCGGUAUUGAGGGCGGCAAGCCCUUCGAGCUGGGCGUUGACGGACCUGCUGUUGACGACUGCUUCAUCGUGAACGAGAAGCCUGACUCUGUGCCCAUUGACACCCGCAAGGAGCCUCUGAAGCUGCACGUACACGCGAAGCACCCCAAGAACGGUGUCAACCUGGAGGUGCUCAGCACUGAGCCCGCGUUCCAGUUCUACACCGGCGAGGGUAUUGACGUUCCCGCUGUCGAGGGUGCGCCGGCGCGUGGUAAGCGCAGCGGUUUCUGUGUUGAGCCCAGCCGCUGGGUCAACGCCAUCAACGUCCCCGAAUGGAAGAACCAGAUGUUGCUGAAGAAGGGCGAGACAUACGGUACCAGAAUUGUGUACAAGGCUUGGAGCGAGUAA